CCUGCAUCUGGGGGAGUACACACACACACACACACACACACACACACACACACACACACACACACACACACCUGGUUAGUCUGUCUCACCUGUUGGCGGCGAGCACACGUGUUUCAAGAGAACCCAAAACAGAAGGAGGAGACAGAGGAGGGAACAACCACCCCCAUCAACCACUUCAACCACCACCAUGUCCAGCGACCUAAUUGACCUGACCACCACCCCCCCCACCUCGACCCUUCCUAACGACCUGACCAAGCUAGCGGACAGGUUCCAAUGGCCCGAUUACCUGGUGUUCGCCCUGAUGCUGGCCGUGUCGGCUGUCAUUGGCAUCAUAUACGGGUGUUUUGGCAAGAAGCAGGACACAAAUGAGUUUCUGAUGGCCGGGAAAUCUAUGACGACCUUCCCUGUGGCCAUGUCCCUCAUUGCUAGCUUCAUGUCCGCCAUCACGCUGCUGGGCACUCCGUCAGAGGUGUAUCAGUUUGGCUUCGUCUAUUGGCUCAUUGGUUUCUCCUAUAUCCUGGUGAUGCCGGCAGCUUCAUACCUAUACUUCCCGGUCUUCCAUAAGCUUGAUGUGACCUCAGCUUAUGAAUACCUGGAGAAGCGUUUCCACAGGUCUGUGCGCUGGCUGGGCUCAAGUGUGUUCAUUAUACAGAUGUGCCUGUACAUGGCCAUCGUGGUGUACGCCCCGGCCCUGGCGCUGGCCCAGGUGACGGGCUUCAAUGUGUACGUGUCCGUGUCCCUCAUCUGCUUCGUCUGCAUCUUCUACACCACCCUGGGGGGCAUGAAGGCCGUGCUCUGGACCGACGCACUGCAGACGGUGAUCAUGUACGCCAGCAUGAUGUUCGUGAUCAUCAAGGGCGCGGUGGACGUGGGCGGCUUCUCUUACGUGUGGGAGAAGGCCGUGGACAGCGGGCGCGCCACCCUCAUAGACUUUGACCCCAACCCUGCCACCCGCCACACCUUCUGGACACUGGUGGUGGGCGGCUACUUCACCUGGAUCACCAUAUACGGCGUCAACCAGGCACAGGUCCAGCGAUACCUCAGCGUCCAGACCAAGCAGAUGGCCAUCAACGCCCUGUGGAUCAACCUGGUAGGCCUAUUUAUCCUCAUGAUCACCUGUGCGUUCGGGGGCCUAGUGGUCUAUGCCAAGUACGCCGACUGUGACCCCAUAACCUCCGGCGUGGUGAGUAAGGGCGACCAGCUGUUCCCCCUCUUCGUCAUGGACACGCUGGGGGAGUUCCGUGGCCUGCCUGGUCUGUUUGUGGCCGGCAUCUUCUCUGGGGCUCUGAGCACCGUGUCCUCCGGCAUGAACUCCCUGGCUGCCAUUGUGCUUGAGGACUUCAUCAAGGGCGGCUUCUACCCCGGGAUCUCCGACAACGCCUCCACUUGGGCCUCACGCGGACUGUCACUGUUCUUUGGCCUCCUCACCUUUGUCCUGGUCUUUGUGGCGGAGCAGCUCGGAAACAUCCUAUCGGCCGCCCUCAGCAUCUUUGGCAUGGUUGGCGGGCCGCUGCUGGGCAUGUUCACCCUGGGCAUGUUCUUCCCCUGGGCCAACAGCAAGGGUGCGUUCGUGGGGGGUGUUGUGAGCCUGGUGUUCAUGUUCUGGAUCGGUGUGGGGCACCAGGUUGCCAAAGCCUACGGGCAGAUCGUCCAGGAGGCAAUGCCCACCAGCGUUGAGGGAUGCCUGGCUAACUUCACCACCAUAGCCACCACCAUUGCCAACACCACUGUCACUGCUGCCCCUGAAGUUGAGCCCGUGGGAGAGGCGCUAGGUCUGUACAAGCUGUCCUACAUGUGGUACAGUGCGACAGGCUGCUUCACCGUCAUCGUGGUUGGCCUCAUCGUAACGGCCUUCACGGGAGCUCAGGACGUACGCAAGCUCAACCCGGACUACCUCUCCCCUGGCGUCCACUGGUUCAGGAGGUGGAUUCCCGGUCUUGAGGGGCUUGGAGAGGACUAUAACGAGGGCGAGGCUCUUGGCGACAUCAAGAUCUCGACGGUCAAGAACGGAAAUGUCAACCCAGGCUUUGAAACGGACCUCGGCGAGAAGCCAAAGAGGAGCUACUCACCCGCCGAGAAGGAGAAGGAGUCCAUAAGGCUGUGAGGGGAAGGGAUCACCACCAAGGAAUAAAGGGAAUCAGAUCUCCUUUAGCACAAUGGGAGACUAGCUAUAAGGGAUUUGAAUAGUGUGUGGGUGCGAAAGGCUAUCGGAAACCAGGAUAUCUGUGGAGUUUGCUACAGUAAGGGUCAAAAGGCAAGGAAUAAAGGGAAUCCGAUCUCCUUCAGUGCAAUGGGAGACCAACUAUAAGGGAUUUGAAUAGUGUGUGGGUGCGAAAGGCUAUCGGAAACCAGGAUAUCUGUGGAUUUUGCUGGGAAACGCUACAGUAAGGGUCAAAAGGCAAGGAAUAAAGGGAAUCCGAUCUCCUUCAGUGCAAUGGGAGACCAACUAUAAGGGAUUUGAAUAGUGUGUGGGUGCGAAAGGCUAUCGGAAACCAGGAUAUCUGUGGAGUUUGCUACAGUAAGGGUCAAAAGGCAAGGAAUAAAGGGAAUCCGAUCUCCUUCAGUGCAAUGGGAGACCAACUAUCAGGGAUUUGAAUAGUGUGUGGGUGCUAAAGGCUAUCAGGGACUUAUAUCUCUGUACAGGGUGAGAAAUAUGUCCCCAUGUACAUUAAUAACAGGGAAUGUGAUCUCUGUCAUGUAGAUUUUGAGGUUUAAAAGGCAAUGCUAAAUCCGUCCUUAGUAAAUAUAGGAGAGAGAGAGAGAGAGAGAGAGAGAGAGAGAGAGAGAGAGAGAGAGAGAGAGAGAGAGAGAGAUGCAUUCACAGUAUUCCAGACCUUCCAAUAUACCUUUUUUUUUAGCUUGUUCUUAUAUGAAAAAAAAACUGUCUCAAGCUCAGGUAUUUUAUGCAAAAAAUAUGAAAAAAAUAUACACACUCGUUUAAAGGAAAUAUGUACAGAAUACUUGCUAUAUAUUUACUAUUUAUACCAGAGUUAAUAGAGUGAUUUGAUAUAAUUAUGUAUAUUGUUACUAUUAUUAUUAUUAUUGUUAUCAUUAUUAUUUUCUCUGUGCUAUUACAAUCUUGCCAUGGCGUGAUUUAGUGCAUAAUACUGGACUGGGUAGGUGGUAGGGGGUGGCUGGUGUGUUCCUUGCUCCAGCGCUCAGCUUGGUAACGUUCCCCCUCACCCAGUCACCCAGCCGGCCCCACCAAGUGUUCGUUAAGUCUGGGUCUGUUAGCCAGUUUGUCCGUGUCUCCAAUUAGUACUCGCGGCAGGAAGGUUCUGUGAUGUGAAUUCUGAUUACUAACCCUCCCACGCACCAUGACGUGAAGCACGUCAACCUGUCAUCGUUUACAACUCCGCUUUUGACGUGAAACAGGUCAAAAAACUGAUUUUUUUGGUAAAAAUAGUUUUUGACAGAAUCACAUUAAAAUCCAAGCUUAUAUAUUUAUAAUAUAUUUUCCAAUAGAUGCUUCAGUUUCCCUACAUUUUCUCAAAACAAUUGGUCAUAUAGAAAUUCUGAUGGUGGCGUUCAAAAGCUCAUGACCAUCUACUGAUCUUUGUCUUAUUAUACAAACUGAAAUGUCGUCGCUGCGUGUCAACAAACACCUCCAGCCGGAUCAACAACAACAUUGCUGACCUCUGCGUCCAGGGAGGCCUCAACAGUAGUGCUGGACCAAAGCUGUGGCCUCUGAGGCUCAGGAGAGGAAACACAUUGUACGGCACAAGGCCGCUGGCACACCUUUCCUUACAGUGUGAUCUACAGGGUGCAUAACAGGCCAGGGGGGGAGGGGUCCUUGCUCCAGUGUGCCGCUCGGUACCUCAACACCCCCAAGACUCCACCACCUCCUAUGUGGUGGUGUUGUUAUUGAUUUUUAUACUAAUUUUGUAGAUGGAGAAUAGCUGUGUAACUUUUUGUCUGUUUUGUAAUAAUUAUGAUCCUGUUUAAUAUGUCUGUUUUUUAUGUGUGUGUGUGUGUGUGAUUCUGUCUUAACUAUAUCUGUUUUUAUGCCUAUUAAAAUUAUUAGUUUCAUUUUUAUUUAUUCUUAUUUUAUUUAUUUUUCUUUGGUGUAUGUAUGUAUGUAUGUAUGUAUCCUGUGAUCCUGGUAACUGUGUGUGUACAUAUGUUUGUAUGUAUAAACCAACAUAAUACUGGUUCCAUACAUGUAUUUUCUAGUUAAAUAUUGAAAGGUGUUUUGUCUGAGGCUGUAUUCAUUAAAUUAUACAUCAAAUCUAUUAUGCUCUAUUAAUUUUUUAAAGGUUGUAUUGCAAGAUGAAUUGUGUGUGUGUGUGUGUGUGUGUGUCCUAAAAUUCAUGUAUAUUUCUAAGACACAAUUAUUAUAUAUAGCGAACAAUUCCAUGUAUGUGUGUGUGUACGUAUGUGUAUAUAUGUGUGUGUGUGUGUGUGUUAAAAUUCAUGUAUACUUUCAAAACACACAAUUAUUACAUUUAAUGAACGAUUCCAUGGGUGUGUAUGUGUGCGUGUAUGUGUGCGUGUGUAUGUGUGUGUGUGUGUCCUGAAAUUCAUGUAUACUUUUAACCCGGUAGCAGUGGGUAUUAUGUUUCUAAAUGGUCCCUCCAAGCGAGAAAAAAUCACCUCUCACACAAACCAUUUCAUAAUAUAUAUCAAAUCAUUUGUGAUCAGUUUAUGUAUCAUCUAUUUUUUGGGUUUUAUAUCAUGGCACAAAUUUGGCCCGUCGCUGCUGCUGGCUUAAAACACACAAUUAUAUUUAGUGAGUGAGGCUGUGUGCGUAUGUAUGUGUAUGUAUGUGUGUGUGUGUGUGUGUGUAUGUGUGCGUCCCUACAAAACCUUACAUGUAUUUAGUGGGUAGUUGAGGUAGCAAUAAUCCUGUACUUACCUAAUCAAAAAAUAUAUACUGUAUUUAUUUA